AUUGAAAUACAUUAAAUUCAUACAAUAAUUUAUUGACAUUAUUAAGCGAAAUUUUCGCGUCUACAAUUUUUCCCGUCUAAUUUAAAAUAGAAACAAAAUUCGUCUCGUCGCCAGAGUUCACAUGAUGCUUUAUGAAAAUUUUCGUCGACAGUUGUUGAGUAACAAGUAACGCGUUUGUUGUAUGCGAGUUUUUUCUUAUUGUUUACAAUGUUGUGAUAUUUCCUACAAAAACAUUCGAAUAAGUGUUACUGUGGAUUCCAAUGGACAUUAUUUGGUUGUAUCGUUGCUAGUUCGAUUCUAAUUAAAAAUAAAUUGUAAUUAGCAGUACACUAUAAUAUCCGUUCGUUCUGAUAACCUUUAUCACCUUUUUUUAAUAAAAAAUGAACAAUGUGCCAUUUAAUGUACUUUAUAAUAGUCACAUGUGAUCGAAUCGAAAUGUGUUUAUGUAAAAAAACAGUGUUACGGUGCGGUUUAACCUCCAUAUACAGAUUAUAGAAAAUUAUCGCGUUCGAGUGAUACCGUACGCGUUCAAUGUCGUUUAGAUGACGUCACCUACGACGUCAACUAGUUCUGCGAUGGUAAGCGUAGCAGGAUUGAAGAGAUGUCUUUCUCAAAUGUCCAUGUUGGCUUUCAAGGCGACCACUUCCGGAGAAGAAGCUUGGGCACAUACGUGGUCAAGAUUUAGACAGUCUCGUUUCAACGCUAGAAGAAUAAGAAAGCGAGUGGUAUUUAAACAUGGCGAUUGCAAUGUCAUCCAAGGUAACGUUGCUAAAAGACGUCGAAAGUAUCUUCAGGAUAUUUUUACAACUUUGGUGGACGCGCAGUGGCGUUGGACGUUAUUGGUAUUCGCGAUGAACUUUUUUUUAUCUUGGUUGUUAUUCGCAGUAGUAUGGUGGCUUAUUGUUUUUACUCACGGGGACCUUAGCGAAGAGCAUUUAAGUGGUAAUGAAACUUGGGUCCCUUGCAUUACAAAUAUACGCGGCUUUACGUCGUGUUUCCUUUUCAGUAUUGAAACUCAACAUACCAUUGGUUAUGGUGGAAGAGUAACCACAGAAGAAUGUCCGGAAGCGAUUUUUGUGAUGUGCGUGCAAAGUAUAGCGGGAGUUAUGAUACAGGCGUUCAUGGUUGGAGUAGUGUUCGCGAAACUUUCGAGACCGAAGAAGAGAACGCAAACUUUGAUGUUUUCCAGAAACGCAGUCAUAAACCAUAGAGACGGUAUACCAUGUCUGAUGUUCAGAGUGGGGGAUAUGAGGAAAAGUCACAUCAUAGAAGCCCACGUUAGGGCACAGUUGAUUAAACAUAAAGUUACUAAAGAAGGAGAAAACUUACCUUUUUUUCAAACAGAACUUAAGGUAAGCGGAAAAGUCGGUGGGGAUGGAGAAGAAGACAAAAUUUUCUUCAUUUGGCCAACGACCAUCGUCCACAAAAUAGACAGCAAGUCGCCUCUCUACAAUAUGUCUGCCAAUAACCUCCUUAGAGAGAGGUUCGAAAUUGUAGUUAUUUUAGAAGGAGUUAUAGAAUCGACUGGUAUGACCACUCAAGCUAGAUCCAGUUACCUACCGUCUGAAAUUUUAUGGGGUCAUAGGUUCCAAUCAUUGAUAACAUUUAAGAAAGAAUCAGGGGAGUACGAGGUGGACUACGCCUUGUUUAACAAUACUGUUGAAGUUGACACGCCGUUGUGUAGUGCCAGAGAGCUCGACGAACGUAGAGCUAUGUUCAAUCAAGAUGGAAUAGAGGAAAAUUCUAAAUAUUUAACAACUGGUAAUUGCCGUAUGGGUAUAGGUCUAUUCCCAUCGGUUCGUUCUCAUUCGAGCGAUACGUUAUCCAGUAUGGAUUCUUUAUCUAUAGACGACGGCCAUAUCGAGAUGAAAUUACCGACCAGUCCGAUACCAGUAACAAUAACGGCUCCAGAAGAAAACGUCGAAGAAACCACCCCGUUAACUAACGGAAAAAUCCCUAAUGGAACGUUUAAAAAUAAAUCUUUAAUUUUACAUGUGUAACAUUUAUGGAAAUUAGGUUAAUUAUUCUUAUUAUGAGAGAUGAUGUGUGAUAUAUUUGUUUUCACUUGAAGACGUAUAGAUAUUUACCUUGCAAAAGGAAAGUGAUAGAACAUCGAUAAAGUAGGAUUUCGAACCAUAAAAGCGUGAAAAUGCUUUUCGAUUCAAUGGGAAACAUGAGAAUUAUAACUGAAAAUUGGUGGAAACACCGUUAAAAUCAAAGUGUCAAAAUUUCUCGUCGAUUCAACAACCGCAAUAGUCAUUCAAUAUUCAAUAGUCAAACGAUUUUUUCCACUUUUCCUCGUAAACGGUAUGUUUUAUCGUGAAAAUAAGUCGGAUCAAAAAUAAUUCUCUACAAGAAUUCAUCCACGAAUGGUGAAUCGUACGAAAAAAAGUGUUGGAACGAUUUUUGUAUGAUCUACAACUUUUGUUUGAUCUAUUGUCACGAUAAAACUAACCGCUUCCAAAAAAAAUUGAAAAAACCCUAAAUUUGUACAUUUGACUUCGGAUACAAAUUUUUUGAUGUUGUAGAUUCGAAGAGAAUUUUUGACAUUCCGUUUAUAAAGGUGUAUCCGAUAACAUUUUGACUCAGUCAAAUUUUGAUUGGAACGAAACGUUCAUAGUUGUGCUAGAUCUUUUUGACAUUAGUCCUUCCAGAUACUUUUCCAGUUAUAUGGCCAAAGUACCAGUAAGAUCACACUGGAUGAUACCGAUUUGUUAUUAUAUUUCUACUAAUUUCUAUUAAAUCGUAGAAAAAAUGUUUCCCGAAGUAAAUUACAGCAAAAACUCAUCUGAAUACACGCUCAUCUAGCCCUUGGGCUUCCAGAACUUUCACUCUAAUUUUUCUCCUGUUUUUCACUUUCCUCACUUCUACUGUUAUCAAAUCUCUUCUAACCUCCUUUAACUAUUUCCACUUUCGUCUUUGUAUUCUUUUAUUCUCAUCUUCUCCACCUUUUAGGCGUUACUGUACUCUCCUCCAUCUUCUGUCAUUCUAAUAAUUCUUCUUCUGUAUACUUCUUUUACGUCUUCCACUGUAAAUCUUUCAGAAAAUUUUUGUUCAUUGUUAAGUUUUUGGUACAUUUCUAAUUCAGUUGUUUGUUAUAUAUUUUUUGAAUUCGUUUUUCUAUUUUACUUUCUUUAUCUUUUCUAUUUGAGUUCUUCCACUUUUUCUUUCCAGUUUUAUUCUGUUUUUCGGUUCAUUUUGCCACUCACUCUAUCCCACUGACCUCAUGAGUCUUUUAAACGCCAUUUUUUCUUCGGUCCUCCUAUUCCUUAAUUCCCAUUUUCUUCAUCUUCAAUUGUCCAUCCAUCUUACUUUCUUUACUUUGAUUAUAUUUGUUCUUUUCUUCGUGUUCAGCCACUGAGGAAAUGAUUUCGUGGUGCUGCAUAUCUGUACAGAGAGGACCAGUGAAAAUAUUAUCAGGAGCAGCGCAAGGUUCGACCUGGGAGGUGAUUUGUGGAACAUAAACUACGAUAAGAUUCUGCAGGUCUAGAUGCCAAAAGACAACCUAGUACUAGUUAUAACAGGAUGAUGAGACGACAACCCGUAAAUCUUAUUUUAGCUAUUUGUUACAAAUCUUGUGAGCUUAACUUUUGGAACCAUUCCUGAUGUUUUACUGCUUUUUGCAAUUCUUUUUUCUAUUUCUCUAUCUUCAUCUCUUUUAUUGGCUUUUUUGCCUCAUUUUGCCACUCCCUCACUCCCACUGUUCUCAAGAGUCUCUCUCUAACCAUUUUUUUUUGUCUUCCUAUUCUAUUAGUCCUAUUUUCUUCAUCUUUCAAUAAUUCAAUCAUCUAAUGUUUACGUGAGUAUUCGAAAGCUGGGAGUAUAUAUUAAAAAGAGUACACUUUCAUGUUCGAUUUGCUAAAAUCUCAAAACUAAAAUUCUUUUUUAAUUAUAUACAAAUUCAAUGCAGAGUACAUAUUAUGAAAUAGAGUAAUGCAAAUGAGAAAAAUUGUUUUUAAACAUUUUACAAUUAUAAUAAAACUAUUUCUGUGUGCUCAUAUGUUCAAAAAAUUCGAAAUAAUUGGAAAAAAUCGAUUUUCGUCGUGUAUUCGAUUCAAAAAUAUAGUUGAAAACCAUAGAAUAAUGCUGUUAUUUCUAUGGUUCGUAAAUAAACUUGUUCGGAGCAGAAUCGAUUUAUUUUUGUUUAUGGAACAUUAUAACUUAUCUUUUUAUAUUUUUUACCUUCAGUAUUUGUUUUUAUUUUGAUGAUUAAAUCCGUAAAAAUGAACGCGCUUCAUCUCUCAUUAUAGUUUUUUAUUUUGAAUUCAUAUACGCUUAAAUUUUGUGUAAAUAUGUUUAUGUCGCUGGUCGAAUAAAUAUUAUUUAUUGGGGAUGAAUUGGGGGAAUAUUGAUGAUUUUUUAGAACGUAUCGGCAGGGAGGACAGUUUUUAACUGAAAAUUGUCCCUUAGAAUUUCAAUAAUAUAUUAAAAAUUUAUACAGGGACGAGCAGACAACUGAGGAUUUAUAAUAGAAGUUGACACUUCGGCUUUUUGAACUGAAUUUGUGAAGUACACGACAUAGGAGUUCUUUUUGAUAAAUAUAAAGUGAACCUAAACCUAAUCCCAGAUAAAGUAAACCUAACCUAAUCGAAGAUAAGGUUAACGUAACCUAAUCGAAGCUAAAGUAAACCUAACCUAACCAAAAGGUGGAUCAGUUUCUCGGUAUGCUCAACAACAUCAAGGGACAGUUCCCAAUUCGAAUUUAAAUAAAAGAAUAAAUAAAAACAAACGCAAACAACAAUUAUUUGUGAUUUUUUUCUUAGUGUACUCAUUAGACGAGCCGAACGUUCCCUUCAUUUUAUAAAUCCAGUUCAAAAAACUGAACCGGAAUUUAACUAAUUCAAUUAUUGAUAAAAAUACUCUCUGAUACAUUAAAAAUAGACUACAGAUUCCUUUCCCCUUGUUACAUUGACAUCUAAAGUUAAUCAUUUAAUAUAAAUACAUUUAUCAUAGAUAAUUUUUUCAUUUUCAUCACUAUAGAGAAUAAAACAUUAUUUUCCAUUAAAAAUUUUUGGGUAUUUAAGUAAAGUAGAGAAGAAUAACUAUUAAAAAUCCUCUGAUAAGUUUGAUAUUUACUAAUAUUAUCAAUUUCAAUAAGUUUUGAGAACUCCUUCUACUUCUACGAUGAUUUCAUUACACGUGGCUGUAUUUUUUUAAAUAUCUGCAAAUAAUAGUAUGAAAAACCACUCUGAACACACUGUUUACACUACCACUACACCAACGCUCACAAUUACACUGACUGACGCGCGUUUCAUAAACUGUUUUCAGUGUCUGAAGACAAUUACUUGGUUAUCAGACAGUGUAAUUGUGAGUGUCGGUGUAAACAGUGUGUUCAUUAUGAAUAUUGCCAACGGUUCCAGAAAUUUCAACUUGAUAAAAAACGAAUUCGAAAUCGAGUAUCAUUUUCUUCUUACAGUUUAUUGAUUAGAUCGUUGAAAUCCAAUUCAAAUUUUUUUACACAAUAAGUGUAUUAUUGACUUUUCGAUAAUGGUCCUCAAGUAUUAUUUAUUUUUAUACAUGUACUUAAAUAUAUUUGAUAUUUGUAAAUGUUGUGUAGAUUAUAGUAAUAAUGAUAAUUAUUGUAGUAUGUGGAAUUUGUCGUUAAGAACCCUUAGUGCCAUAGUAUUUAUAAUAUAUUUUGUUUUUUAAUAAAAUAGUUGAAACAUUCAU